AUGAAAAGUAUAACUACAUCGAACUGGACAUAAUAUACAUCCUAUCGUUCACGACGGCAUACGGCCUCAUAGGUUCAUUUGUUUUAAAAGUGACAGCCUGUGCAGAAAUGUACAUCUUCUUGUCCAACUUCGAAGAAUUCGGAAAACCAGUCAAGUUCGACGAGAACAACAAACUUUUCAACACAUAUUCAAAAUAUCAUUACUUCUACCUGGAGAGUUUGAUUUUACUCAUUCUUUUUGCUUCGAAUGUAUUCAAAAGGGAAUCAUGCGAAAGAGAAAACGAAUUGUAUGACCUCAAAGAAGUCUGCGGGCUUUUUUCAUACACCUGGAUGCCCUUCGAUAUUAACCAUACCCCGGUUAAACAAAUUUACUUGGCCCUUCAGUUAUUGGGAAAUCACCACAUAUACAUGCUAGCGGGGUUGUUAGCAUGGCAAGUAUUUGAAACCAUACAACAUAUUGUUGUACGCAUAAGGGACGUAAAAUCUUUUUUCAUUAAUGCGUUAGACGAGACGGACUGUCAACAAAGAAGAGAAAAAUUCAACUUCGCAGUUAAAUACCACAACGCGAUUUUAAGUGUUUUCUUUACCUUGGAAGAUAAGCUCAACGAUGCCUUCAGCAUAUUUAUGUUCACCCACAUGGUUCUGACAUCAGCUGUAAUAGGCACUGGAAUUUACUGCUUUUUUCGUAGAAAAUCACUUUCUUCAUUUUUGGUAUGCAUGGGAUGGUUCUGGGGACUCAUGAUGGAUUGUUUUAGUGGACAGCGAUUACAGGACGAGAGUUCAGAGUUAGCAGUGGCAGUUUAUAAUUCCCCUUGGCACGACUUCGAAACUGAAAUGAUACGGGACGUAAUGUUUCUUAUCAUGAGAUCACGAAAUUCAAUGAAGUUACGAGCAGCUGCACUUGGAGUUAUGGACCGGGAAAUGUUUCUCGUUGUAAUGAAAGCUACGUAUUCGUACAUAACACUGAUGAGAAGCCAGAAGAAUUGAAGUAUUGAGAGAAAGGAAUCAUUGCAAAACGAAAUGGAAAU